AUGAGUUCGACCUUUGCAUCUAAAAGAGCUUCUUUAAGUGCUUCGCAAAAAAAAAAGAACUAUGCAUGUGCUGAAAACGAUCCUAGCUUAACCCUAGAUAAAUUAGCUAAAGUUGGUCGAAGCGCAAUUUCA